GAUUUUAUCCGUUCCACGGUUUUUCACCAGAAUUUAGAUGAAAUUAACUGUAACAAACGACGAGUAAUAAAGUAAAAGGAUCAUAAACGUGCAGUGAUUUCAUGCCAGGCAAUAAAAUGACCACUGAGAGACGCUGCUGGCUACUAAACACCACGAACAUCCGUGUUAACAUAUCGCAUUACCAGUUCGACGGAUUUUGCAAUUUAAUUCUCAUUGUCAGUUUGUCACUCGACGAGCAUAAUGCUUCUUUAUCAGUCUUAAUUAUUUACGUAACGUUCUUAUUUCGUGUUAACAAUUGCACCGUUAAAAUAAUUACUCUGCAAAGCUGUUUGCAAAAGAUAACAGUUUUCCCGAUUUGAUCCUUUAUGUAAUGUUUUAAAAAAUAGUUUUACGACGCAUUGUACACGUACGUGGUCAAGCCAUUAAAGUUCUCUUCAGUAUUGCAACACACAUCGCAUGAACAACCUAAGCCAAAAACUCUAGCUUCAAAUCUGAACUAUUAUUAAUCCGAACUGUUAUUUUAAUACGUUUUUUCUCACAAAUGUAACGUAAUCGGUACAAAGUAGAAUAAAUACAUGGCUAAAGGACACUGGCGUUUGCGUAGCGACAAAACAGCUACCGUGGGACAUGAUCCACAGACGAGCAACGGCAACAAUCAGUUGCAGCAACAGAUGCAAGGCGGUGGAUGGAUCGGAAUCCCUGAGUCGACGUUGGUUCAACGAUCCGUCAGAGGCAACGAUAACAGCAACGGUUGGAACCAUCCAGUUAUAUCGUCGUUUCAACAUGGUCAACAGCAACAACAGCUACACGAACGGAAACAGAAAGAAGUUAAAUCUGGGGAGCUGGGAGAUGAUGAAGAUGGGGGUGGAGGGGGUGGAGGGGUGGAGGGGACGGACCCAGAGGAGAACAACUCUGUUCACCUCAAGAGACGGGUGGGACUCGUCAGUGGGGUGGCUCUAAUCGUUGGUACCAUGAUAGGUUCUGGGAUAUUCGUUUCGCCGUCAGGGCUUUUGGUUCGGACUGGCAGUAUCGGAGUCAGCUUCCUGGUAUGGACGGCCUGCGGCAUGUUGAGUCUGUGUGGUGCGUUAGCAUACGCUGAGCUGGGUACAAUGAACACAAGCAGCGGCGCCGAGUACGCUUACUUCAUGGAUGCGUUCGGCGCAGCGCCUGCAUUCCUCUUCUCAUGGGUCUCGACGUUGGUCUUGAAACCGUCUCAGAUGGCGAUCAUAUGUCUCUCGUUCGCUCAGUACGCGGUCGAAGCCUUCGCGGCUGACUGCGAUCCACCCGAGGAAGUCGUUAAACUCGUUGCGCUCCUCGCCAUCGUACUUAUAUUACUGGUGAACUGUUACAGCGUUAAUCUGGCGACGGGUGUACAAAACGCGUUUACAGCAGCUAAACUGAUCGCCAUACUGGUUGUGAUAGCCGGUGGCUCGUACAAGUUGAUACAGGGUAACACGCAGCAUCUGAAAGGAGCCUUCGAAACAAUGGACGGAAGCACCGUUAACAUUGGUAGAUUAGCUACAGCUUUUUACACUGGUCUAUGGGCCUACGACGGAUGGAACAAUCUUAAUUACGUCACCGAAGAGAUCAAAGAUCCUUCGAAGAAUUUACCACGUUCGAUUAUGAUUGGUAUACCACUUGUUACGCUGUGUUACGCGUUAAUAAACCUAUCGUACCUAGCUGUGAUGUCCCCUUCGGAGAUGAUCGAAAGCGAGGCUGUCGCGGUGACUUUUGGAAAUCGGAUUCUUGGCGUGAUGGCAUGGCUUAUGCCACUCUCAGUUGCGAUCAGCACUUUUGGUUCUGCGAAUGGUACUCUCUUUGCAGCAGGUAGACUAUGUUUCGCCGCAUCUCGAGAAGGCCAUUUACUCGAUUGUCUCAGCUAUGUACACGUGCGACGCUUUACUCCUGCUCCAGGACUUAUUUUUCACUCGCUUGUUGCAGGAGCAAUGGUACUAUCCGGAAACAUAGAUUCUUUGAUCGAUUUUUUUUCAUUUACCGCUUGGAUCUUCUAUGGUGGAGCAAUGCUAGCUCUAUUGGUGAUGCGAAGGACCAGACCGAAUCAUCCUCGACCGUACAAAUGUCCGCUGAUAAUACCUGUGCUUGUACUUGGAAUCUCUGCGUACCUGAUUGUAGCGCCAAUCAUCGAGAAACCUCAGAUCGAAUACUUAUACGCAACUGGAUUCAUAUUUGCGGGCAUGUUUGUCUACCUCCCCUUUGUUAAAUAUGGAUACGUGCCCAAAUUUAUGGAAGGAAUAAACGCCUUUCUCCAAAUGUUACUCGAGGUAGCGCCAACAGCUGCAGCCUUUGAUUGACCUCGACUGAAUACAUAAAGUUAUUCUUUAAAUGCCAAACCAUUCCAUUACGGCAUCGUGAAUGUUAUAUAAAUAUCUAUUUUAAAUGUGUAUAAACAAAAAUAUGUAUCCUAUUACUAAAGCUCAAGGCUGGCCUGAAUGAAUUCAUAAAUACAUGAAAAAUAUUAUUUUAUUACUUGUUAGUUAUACAAUACAUGGAACAUGUUGUUGAAUACAAUGAGCAAAUGUAGUAAGAACUAAACAAAAUAAAUAAAAAUAUUUUAAAUGUU